CGCCUCAGUUCCUUCACACACAUCGCUACGGAGUGACGUGACCGUACAUUGGUGUUUUUGUAGUCCACACAUUUUAAAAUUUUCGAACUGUUCCAAGUCUGUGGUAGUGACCAUGCCGCGACCAUCCCGGGAGUCGUAUGGAGAUCAAAAGCCGCCCUACUCGUAUAUUUCAUUGACGGCGAUGGCAAUAUGGAGUUCUCCGGAGCGCAUGCUGCCUCUCUCAGAGAUCUACCGGUUCAUCACGGACCGCUUCCCGUACUACCGGCGCAACACGCAGCGCUGGCAGAACUCGCUGCGGCACAACCUGUCCUUCAACGACUGCUUCGUGAAGGUGCCGCGCCGCCCGGACCGGCCCGGCAAGGGAGCCUACUGGACGUUACAUCCGCAAGCCUUUGACAUGUUCGAAAACGGCUCGUUGCUGAGGAGGCGCAAACGUUUUAAGUUGCAGAAAGGAGAGAAAGACAACCUAAAUGCGGAACUUGCUGCGCUGGCCAGUUUUAAUCGUGCAUUUUUAGCACGUCAAGCGGGUGCACCACCGCCGCCGCCAGCUUUGCCGACGGCGAGCCUCUACACUCCUCCCCUGUGUCCUCAACUCAGUCCGGAGCCGGCGGAGUUGCCCGAAGUAGCAACAGUGACAAUGUUACCUCCACAAAGGCCCCGUCGAGCGUUCACGAUAGAUGCGCUGCUAGAGCCGGAGCCGGCGCAGUCGCCGCCGCAGCUGGCGAUGCCGCGGCUGGAGCUGGCGAUGCCGGCGCCGUACAUCCUGGCGGCGCAGCGCUACCACGCCGAGCUGCUGCAGGCGGCGGCGCACGCGCUGCGCCCCUGCUACCUACCGCCGCCGCCGCUGCCCGUCGCGUGACACACUGCUCACUCGACCUGCCACAACAUUUCGUGCAAUGCUAGAUUGUAAGUACUCGAGAUAUGAACAAUAGGUACAUGUGCAGAUUUCAAAGUGCUCGUCGAUGAAAACAAUAUUCAAAACCAUAUUUAAAUACUCAUAAUCCGUAUGCAUCUGUAACGAAACACUACGAUUCAUCUACUUAAGUCAAUUUACCAAAUAAGUUACAUUUUGUGGCAUUUACUGGUAUUCCUAUAAGUAAAUUUGUUCUGAACUUAACCGUCGGUAACACGGCCAGGCGCGCAGUAGUGAGGCCUAAAUGGUUGUAAUUGCCCGACCGAGCGCAGCGAGAAUACCGGCAACCGUGGCUAAACUAAUUUAAAACCCGAUUUAAAAUAUCAGUUGGUAUUUUAGUGAUCUCACAUAUAUAAAUGUAGGUGUAUUAUUAGUUUAUGUGUACAUUAGUGUUAAGGAGCAACUAUUUAUUAAAUCAGUAGGUAGGUAGAUUUGAAGACCUCUGUGGUCCUGUUGUAAAUAUUUAUAUCCUAAAUUAUAAUUUGACACUUCAAAAGAAGUUUUCAAGUACAAUGUUUGCAUCGAACAAUUGAAUAGUCGUCAUCUGGAUAUAAUAGAUUAAUGUAAAUACCUAUAUCUCAGUUUUCUUGUCAGAAAAUGUAAGAAAAAGCAGUGCUAAAUUUCGUAAGAGCUGUUAUUUAUUUUAGUUGAUAUAAUAAUAACUUUAUUGUUUAUCUGUUUAUAUAAAACAGUUAGAUAAGUAUUAUAUCUGUAAAUAUUGUUUAAAUUGUUAAAAAUGUGUAUAGAAAUAUUAAA